UAUCAUGUUGAUCCUACUUAUACCAGAUACAUCAGUGGCUGAACCAAGAUCCCAGAUAAUCCAGCUUAUACGUGGCAACAGAUUGACAGCUUCCGUCCCAAAUUUUGUUGGUACAAUGGAAACGUUGAGUGAACAAGUGAGAGCUAGAGGAUAUGGAGUAGCAGUUACUGGCACUAGACGAGAUGCUACCUAUGGAAUUAGCCAAUGCUAUGGUGAUCUAUCAUUACUCGACUGUGUCUUAUGCUUCUCUGAAGCGCGAACGGUUCUGCCCAAGUGCUUCCCUUAUAACGGGCGAAUUUAUCUUGAUGGCUGCUUUAUGCGAGUGGAGAAUUACAUGUUCUAUGACCAGUAUUUAGGUCCAGAGGACAUGCAUGUAUGUGGAAACAGGACGACCAAGGGUACAUUGUUCCAACAGAACGCUAGGCAAGCCAUUCAGCAAGCAGUUGUAAAUGCACCGACUAAUAAUGGUACUGCACGUGCUCAAGCGUCAGUGCCUGGUCCUUCCAAUGAGACAGCUUAUGUUCUCGCCAAUUGUUGGAAGACACUGAGCGCGAAUUCCUGCGCAGCGUGUUUGCAAAAUGCAUCUGCAUCCAUGUUGGGAUGCUUACCUUGGUCAGAAGGUAGAGCCCUUUACACUGGAUGCUUCAUGAGGUAUUCUGAUACAAAUUUUCUCAAUGCUAUUUCUGCCAGUGGAGGCUCGUCAUCAAGGGGAAAAGUUGUAGUCAUUGUCAUUGUUGUUGUUAGUUCCGUUGUCGUUUUGGGAGCAGCUGCUUUCGUUGGUUUUAGUAUCUGGAAGAACAAACAAAUCCAGAAGAAGAGAAAAGGUGCAAAUGAUGUUAAGAAAUUAGUGAAGAUCCUUGAUCAAAACAACUUGAACUUCAAGUAUUCGACACUUGACAAAGCCACGGGUUCAUUUGACGAGGCCAACAAGCUCGGACAGGGUGGAUUUGGCACGGUUUAUAAGGGUGUUUUGGCAGACGGGAGAGAGAUCGCUGUCAAAAGGCUGUUCUUCAACAACAAACACACAGCUGCAGAUUUUUAUAACGAGGUUAACAUAAUCAGUAGCGUCCAGCACAAAAAUUUGACAAGGUUAUUGGGAUGCAGCUGCUCAGGACCGGAAAGCCUUCUUGUAUACGAGUUCCUCCCUAACCAGAGCCUGGAUCGCUUCAUAUUUGACCCUAUCAAAGGUAAAGCUCUAAAAUGGGAGAAAAGAUUUGAGAUAAUUAUAGGUACAGCAGAAGGAUUAGUAUACCUUCACGAGAACACAAAGACACGAAUAAUUCACAGAGACAUAAAGGCAAGCAACAUCCUGUUGGACUCGAGGCUCCGUGCAAAGAUUGCUGAUUUUGGGUUGGCCAGGUCAUUCCAAGAAGACAAGAGUCAUAUAAGCACUGUCCUUGCUGGCACAUUGGGAUAUAUGGCUCCAAAAUACUUAGCACAUGGUCAAUUAACAGAAAAGGCAGAUGUUUACAGCUUUGGAGUUCUUCUACUAGAGAUUGUUACUGGAAGACAAAAUAACAUGAGAAAAAACGACGAAGAUACAGUCAGCUUAGUUUCCGAUGUGUGGGAGCACUAUAAACGCGGGAUAGUGGAGGAACUCUUCGAUCCAAAUCUCAUGUUGCAUAACUACCAUACAAUCAAUGUAAGAAAUGAGGUUGCGAGAGUGUUAAUUGUGGGACUUUUGUGCACUCAAGAGAUCCCAACGUUACGUCCAUCCAUGUCUAAGGCAUUACAGAUGUUUGUCAAGAAAGACGAAGAGUUGCCUCCUCCAACUAAGCCGCCAUUCGUGGAUGAGAAAACCAUGGAACUUCAUGACCCUUGGGAGAUGUACUCGCUUAAACAAGGCGAUUCUGCUACGAUUGCCAACUUAUCUCACAGUUCAUUUUACCCCAGAUGAUGAUAUCUCAAUGCCCUGAAACUGAAGUAUAAAUUAUAGGCAUGAUACAUAUAUAGACACUUAAAAUUGACCUCAAUUGGGAAACUAAACACUCCAACUUUGAUUGUGUACAUAUAGACACCUCAACUCUAAAAGUACAGAG